AUGGCCUCAACUCGACCUGCACCAGAAACGCUGCAGCCGUGCGACAUCCGCGAGGAACGCCAGGCAUGCUCGUUCGACGUCGACACCAUGUCGUGCAUCCUGCCCGGCUCCAAAGCCGAACGCGACAAUGCACGCUGGCUGCUCUCUCUCCUCAAGAACGAUGCCGAUCGCACCUUUGAUAAGCAGGAUCGCGUGUUUCAGUCACGAAACGAGCGCUUCUUCAAAGGCCAGAAGGUGGCACUGCGCUACUUUGAAAUCCGCAACCGCCACGGCUUGGAGAAAACGGAUGCGGAUCUGCUGCGACUCUACACGGACGAGUACCUGCCGAUCCAGGUCGCUGAAAGUAUGGCCCAGCCCACGCUCAUGCGACAGGCGAGCCAAGAGCAGUGGUCCGAGUGGGGCCCCAUGGUCCGAUCAGGUCGCUGGCUGGGAUGCUACAUGCAGACCGAGCUUGCCCAUGGCUCCAACCUCUCCGCGCUUCGAACCACCGCGACCUUGGAUCUCGACAAGGACGAGUGGGUAAUCAACACUCCCGAGCCUUCCGCAGGAAAAGUGUGGAUCGGAGGCAGCGGCCUCACCGCCACGUACGGCGUGGUCAUGGCCAACCUCAUCAUCAAAGGCAAAUCGUAUGGCAUGCAUCCUUUCCUGGUCCACCUCCGCUCGCUUCAAGAUCAUACGCUGCUACCCGGUCGUCGCAUUAUGGAGAUGGGCUGCAAGCUUGGUGCUCCCGCCAUGGACAAUGGAUACAUCUGUUUCGACAGCGUUCGCAUCCCUCGUAACAACCUUCUGCAGCGUUUCCAGACAGUUUCCAAGGACGGCGUCUACGAAAAGAGAAACGCCGAUGCCCAAGUCAUGACGCGCGGCACCAUGACGCUCGUUCGUGUCGGACUUGUCGAGAUCGCAGCGCACCAUCUUUCACGCGCUGCCACCAUCGCCAUCCGGUAUGCCGUUGUUCGUCGCCAGGGCACCUCGGCCACAAGGCCGGACCAGCUAGAACCUAAGAUCCUCGACUACCCCUCGGUGCAGACACGCGUGCUCACCGCCCUCUCGAGUGCCUACGCCAUUACCUUUGUGAGCCAGCACCUGAGGCGCAUGUACAAUGACAUGAUUGCUGAAAUCGAGGCCACGGGAAAUAGUGGGUUGCUGCCCAUCGUGCACGGCUACUCGAGCGUGCUCAAGGCCGUAUGUACCAACGAGUCGCUCGCCGGCAUCGAACGCUGCCGCAGGAGCAUGGGCGGGCAUGGUUUUAGUCAGGCGUCCGGAUUCGACUUCGAGCGGAAUCAGCCCAAUGCUGGUCUCAUCUACGAAGGCGAAAACUCGAUGCUCUUGGCCGGUCCUUCUGCUAAUUUCCUGAUCAAGCAGCUCAACGAGACGCGCAAACGCAACGGCAAGGCCAGUCGACCUGAACUGGCCUAUCUUGAGCAAAUCGCGGGUGCUGAGGAGGCCGGGGAGACAAUUUCGAGGCGCGCUCAGGGUAUCAGUGUGCAGCAGGUGGAUGAGCCAACAGCGUUGCUGGACCUGCUGGGAUACCGAGCGGCGCUGCUUGUCGAUCGACUUGCCAGACAUCGCGCAUCCACGCAGACUGCCGAUGGAACGUUCAAGCACAUCGAUACAAAUCUCGCAGUCCGAGCUUCCAACGCUCAUGGAAGCUAUCUGCUCGCUUACGCAUUUCACGACCUUGUGCAACAGCUCAAGUCGUCUUCUGCUGCCUCUACAAAGCAGCGCUUCGGUGCCGCCGUCCAGACUUCGCACGUCACUGCACUGGACAACUUGCUCCGCUUCUACCUCGUGCAGAAUUGCAUCCUAUCGCAGGACACGAUCGGCGACUUUCUCGAGCUGCAGCUGCUCUCAAGUGCGCAGCUGGAAAAGCUCAGGCACAGUGCGGCCAGCUUGCUCUCGGGCCCAAUCAGAAGGGAUGCCCUGGGACUGGUUGAGAGCUUCGACAUGGAUGACUGGUACCUCUGCUCUCCGCUGGGAAGCAGCGACGGUCGAGCCUACGAGCGGAUGAUCGAGUGGAUGAAGCUUGAGCCGCUCAACCACACUGGUGAGCGGGGUGCGAGGGAUGACAAUGGCGUAGUCAAGGGUUAUCACGAUGGCAUUGGUCGAUUGAUUCGCGGUGAAGCGGUGCAGUUUACUGAGCGAGCUAAGCUGUAA